AUGCAGAGAGCAUCCUUCUCCCGUCGGGGGCCGCGCCGGGGCCGGGGGCUGUGCGGGGGCCGGUGCGUCACGGGGCGGAGGUUUGGGGCCGGCUCGUUACCGGCCCCGGCACAUCACCCCACCGGCUGCCACAGCAACGGGGCCGGUCCCACCGGGAGGGGUGACCCCUUCCCCGCGGGCUGCCGGCGCGGGACGUGCCGCGGCUGCGGGAGCGGCUGCAGCACCCCGGCUCUGCGGGACCCUCCGCACGGUGCCGGGCCGUGCCAAGCCGUGCCGGGCCGCCCCGCGGGAGCACCGGGACACGGACCGGUGCUGCCGGGACCACGACCACUGCCAGCACGUCAUCCACCCCUUCACUGCCCGCUACGGCUACCGCAACCUGCGCUGGCACACCAUCAGCCACUGCGACUGCGACCUCAGGUUGAAGGAGUGCCUGCGGCGGGUGAACGACACGGCCUCGCGCGUGGUGGGCCAGGCCUUCUUCAACGUCAUCCAGGUGCCCUGCUUCGAGUUCACCUACAGGGAGGAGUGUGUGGAGCCCUAUCUCUAUGUCUGGUGAGUGCCCCCCUGCCCUGGGGACUGUCCCCUGUCCGGGCUUGUCCCACCCCGUGGUGCCUCCUCGAUUUUGGCAGGUGUAAGACGUACAACACGGUGGCCGUGGCGGUGCCCCGAGAGCCGGUGCUGUAUGAAUUUGGGGGGGAGCUCAUCGACAGGGCAGCCAGGCCCAGGGGAGUCCCCCUGAGCCCCCCGUGGGGCAGCACAGGGGAAGGAGCCCUCCCAGUGGAUCAUCACACCAGGACAGCCCCCAAGGCAGGCAAGAAAGAGAGGAAGAGAAAGAAAGAUAAGAAAAAUAAGGGGAAAGGUCUGAAAAAGAAAGGCUCUUCUGAAAAGGGGGCACGGAGCCAUCCUGCAGCUGCUGGCCCUGCUGAUCCCUGGGCCCUGCUGCCAUCCUUGGGGGAAGCAUCCAACACCAUCCUGAGUGAUGCCCCAGCACGGGAGGGAGUGGGCAGGGAACCAGUGCCAGCCACUCCCUCCCCAGUCCCCACCACCAGCGGGAAGAGGAGGAGGAAGGAGAGGAACAGAAAGAAGAGGCUGAAAAGCAAAACUAAGGCUGAGCCCACACGAGAGCUGCAGCUCUGAGUCCUCCCUGAGCCCUGCACGGGUCCUGGCUGUGAAAUAAAUUUACAUCUGCUUGAGCA